AUGCCUCCAAUCACCUGUCACGUCCUCGACACAGCCUCUGGCGCUCCAGCAGCUUCGGUACCGGUUACCUUAAGCCUUCUAUCACCUUCAGUCGCUGCUCUCUCAUCAUCGCCCGAGCCUACUCAGGUCGCUACGGCUAGCACAAACGCCGAUGGAAGGAUAACGGCCUGGUCGUCAGACUUCAAGAUCGAGAACGGUCAAGUCUACAAGCUUCGGUUCGAAACAUGGGAGUACUUUAAGGGGAAUACCUUCUUCCCAUACGUGGAAGUUACAUUCGUGGUCAAUAUGGAAAAGGAUGGGAGAGACCACUACCAUGUACCCGUCCUAUUAGCACCAUGGAGCUAUAGUACUUACCGUGGAAGUUAA